GUCUGCCCAAAGUUAAGUCAGGCAGUGGCAGUGACGCUGCUUCUUUGUUAACAUCAGCCAAGAGGGAUGGAGACAAUUACAUCCUAAAUGGUUCCAAGGUUUUCAUCAGUGGCGGUGGUGACACAGAUCUCUAUGUCGUGAUGUGUCGGACAGGAGGGCCUGGUCCCAAAGGCAUCUCCUGCCUGGUGCUGGAGAAAGGAAUCCCUGGGCUGAGCUUUGGGAAAAAAGAGAGGAAGGUGGGCUGGAACUCGCAGCCAACCCGAGCUGUGGUGUUUGAGGACUGUGUGGUCCCAGUAGCCAACCGCCUGGGUGAAGAAGGUCAGGGUUUCAACAUCGCCAUGAAGGGCUUGAAUGGAGGGAGAGUUAACAUUGCGUCUUGCUCUCUGGGUGCUGCCCAUGCUUCGAUCCUGCUGGCUCGGGAUCACCUUAACGUCCGCAAACAGUUCGGAGAACUCCUGGCCAACAAUCAGUACCUCCAGUUCCAGCUAGCUGAGAUGGCAACGCGACUGGUGGCGUCUCGGCUGAUGGUGCGCAAUGCGGCCAGGGCGCUACAGGAAGAGCGAGAGGAUGCCGUGGCCCUGUGUUCUAUGGCCAAGCUGUUUGCCACAGAUGAGUGCUUUGCGAUCUGCAACCAGUCCCUGCAAAUGCACGGUGGCUAUGGGUACCUGAAGGAUUACGCUGUGCAGCAGUUCAUGCGAGACAUCAGAGUACACCAGAUUUUGGAAGUCUUCUCUUCUUGUAGGUACCAAUGAAGUGAUGAGGAUGAUUGUGGCCAGGAGUCUGUUACAAGCAUAAUGUCAGAACUAAUUUUUCUGCCCAGCACUCCAGCACCUACAUCCAUUUUUUAUGGACAUGAACGGGAAGAAGCGACAGAGCUGUACUGGGGAGGGCUAGCUUUUCCCCCACUAUCCUGAACUCAGCCCAGUAGAUGCAGCUCAAGACACCUUGUGUUUCUGUACUGGGCAGUGCCUUGUUAGAAUUGGCAGAUGAUCUAAAUGGAGCCUUUUGUUCUAGCCCAGGCCAUCUGCUCUGACUUGCUGCUGCCGUUUCAAAAGAAAUACAGUGGUGGCUGUAUCAUAAGUCAGUCCCCCAAUUGAUCCUUGCAUUGGGGGUAAAUGUAGUCUGUUGGUGUGGUUACACACCUGGUUUUCUGGAAGUAAGGGCCAAAUUAUUUCUGGAUUUCAUACAACAGGGCGGGGGGAUAAUUUUACUAAAUCAGUAUUUGUGGGACUUUACCCGCACCCCCUGCAAGGAAUGCAUAUCAAACCACAAUGGCCUUUUAAACUGCCUUUUUCCUUUGGGACAUAUCUCCUCUUUUCAUUAGGUCAAAUGACUGGAAAAACUAUGGGAAGGCGGUCCCUCUCUGUAGUCAGUACCCACAUUGCUGCUACCACUGUCUGUUCCCUUGUCAGAUGGGACUAAUGAUUUUUGCUAUCAGACCCAAUGGGUUGCUGCAGAAAGUGCUUUAGACGUACAACAGAAGUGCAGACUGGCAAUUUUAAGCUCUCCAAUAAUGCAAAGAUUUGGGAGUGCUGAUUCAAGUUGCUUUCCUUCUCAACGCUAGAAUCAAUAAAUGAUUUCGCCUUUCCUCUCUUUUUUGUUCCUGGUGAAAUGACCGUCUCUCCUAACUAGGGGACUGUCUUGGCUCUUGUUUUAUGGGUGUUUUUGUUUGCUUUUGCCUUUGAGAACAUCAGAUUCUGUAGGCUUCCUUGGACUGGUCUUUGUUGGGACUCUGACGUUCUAGUGUUAAAUCGUGCAGUAGUAUGCCCCCAAAUGCCGUUUUCUGCAACUUGGUCCUACAUAUAUGAGUAGACUUACUGCAAUCACUGUGAAACCCAACCCAGUGGAUUGGCUUCACACAUUUCCAUACUUGAUGCAUCAAGAUUUGCUGAGAGGUUACAGGCAAAUACUGAAAUUGCCCUCUUUUCUCUCCAAAGAAAAUGUCUUUUUUGGAUUUUGCAAUGCCUCUAUUUGCAUAUAGGCACAAAAUGAAAUAUUUUGGAGGUGGGAGCCAACUCUAAACACAAAGUUCAUUUAUGUUUCAUGCAUAGCGUAAAUACAUAUCCUGAAGGUAAAUUUAUGCAAUAUUUUUAAAACAAUGUUGUGCAUGAAACAAAGUUUGGGUACACUGAACCAUCAGAAAGCAAAGGUGUCACUGUCCUCGCCAUCUGUGAAAAGGGUCUUGGAUUUUGAAUAUUGGGAUAAGGGAUAGUCAACCUGUAAUUUCAUUAUGUGAAUGUAGAUUUGGAAGGUAUCCCAAUGUUCAUCUAAUCUGCUGCCAGUGCAGGAAUUUACAGCUGUGGCAUGGCUUAUUCUUGUGUUGUGUUCUGUCACUCCACUUGAACUCAGAUAAGAUAUUGUAGAGCUUGGAAAGCUGGAGAAAAUGUGAACAAAAAUACCCAGAUUUGAAAUAUUUUCUUUAUAAGGAGAACCAAAAGUGUUUGGGGCUUUUGCAAUAACAUGGCACAUCUGAGUGUAAACUGUUGUUGGAGGUUAGUAGCAUCUUGUUUUGGAGUGUUUCAGGGCAUAGGCUUUUGUAAAAAAACAAAACCACAUUUUUUUGAAUUCUCUACUCUGCAAAUGAUGAGAGGAACAGAUUUUCUAUAAAUGUAACCGAAUGUGAGAUUCAGGGUUCUCUGAAUUUGAAUCACAAUUGUCAAGCAUUUUCUUGCUACCAUUAAAACCGAUUCAGUUUCAAUCCAUAUUAAAAGUGGAUUUAGACGUU